GAGACAGCGCUCGGCACCAACCACUUAGAGUAGCGCAGGGGCGGGGAGGGCAGCAGGAGGCUAUCCUCUAGUUAGUGCCCCGCAUAGGACCACGUGAUUGGAGAGGUCCCGCCCUCACCCACCCGAGCCAGGUGUUCGAAUCCCGUCUCCGAAACUGGCGGCGUCUCCGUCCCGCCGGCGUGAGGCGCCAAAGGACCCGCCCUGGGGCUCAUGGCGGCGCCGGUCCGCCUGGGCCGGAAACGCCCGCUGCCGGUUUGCCCCAACCCGCUCUUCGUACGCUGGCUUACCGAGUGGCGGGACGAGGCAGCCAGCAGGGGGCGCCGCACGCAGUUCGUGUUUCAGAAGGCGCUGCGCUCCCUCCGGCGGUACCCACUGCCCCUGCGCAGCGGCAAGGAAGCUAAGAUCCUACAGCACUUCGGAGACGGGCUUUGCCGGAUGCUGGACCAGCGGCUGCAGCAGCACCGAGCAUCGGGCGAUGAUCAUGCCCCAGGGUCACCAUCUGGAGCAAAGAGUCCAGCUCCGGAAGGGCCAACUGCCGAAGUCCAGGACCCUUCCAUGCCAGUUCCUGCUCAGCCCAAAGCAGGAGGCUUGGGCAGCUACUGGCCAGCUCGGCACUCGGGAGCACGAGCGAUACUGCUGCUGCUCUACAGGGAGCAGCUGAAUCCUAGUGGCCACAGCUUCCUAACCAAGGAGGAGCUGCUGCGGAGGUGUGCCCAGAAGGCUCCCAGGGUGGCCCCUGGGAGUGCUCAACCCUGGCCAGCCCUCCGCUCCCUCCUCCACAGGAACCUGGUCCUCAGGACACACCAGCCAGCCAGGUACUCACUGACCCCGGAGGGUCUGGAGCUGGCCCAGAAGCUGGCCGAGUCAGAGGGCCUGAGCUCGCUGAACGUGGGCCUCGGGCCAGAGGAGCCCCCUGGGGAGGAGCCUGAAGUGCCAGGAGCGGCCUCAGCUGAGCUUGGCGCCAGCGAAGGGAGCGUCCAGCAGCCGCCCCUGGAGCUGGGGCCCGGAGAAUACAGGGUGCUGUUGUGUGUGGAUGUUGGCGAGACCAAGGGGGCAGGGCACAGGCCAGAGCUGCUCCGGGAGCUGCAGCGGCUGCACGUGACCCACACGGUGCGCAAGCUGCACGUUGGGGACUUCGUGUGGGUGGCACAGGAGACCAGGCCCAGAGACCCAGCGAGACCUAAGGAACUGGUCCUGGACCACAUUGUGGAGCGCAAGCGGCUGGACGAUCUGUGCAGCAGCAUCAUCGAUGGCCGAUUCCGGGAACAGAAGUUCCGGCUGAAGCGCUGUGGUCUGGGACGCCGGGUAUACCUGGUGGAGGAGCAUGGCUCAGUGCACAACCUCAGCCUCCCUGAGAGCACGCUGCUGCAGGCUGUCACCAACACUCAGGUCAUUGAUGGCUUCUUCGUGAAGCGCACAGCGGACAUUAAGGAGUCAGCUGCCUACCUGGCCCUCCUGACACGGGGCCUGCAGAGACUCUACCAGGGCCACACAUUACGCAGUCGCCCCUGGGGAACCCCAGGGGACCCUGAAUCAGGGGCCGGGCCCUCCCCAAACCCUCUCUGCUCACUCCUCACCUUCAAUGACUUCAACGCGGGAGCCAUGAAGAACAAGGCCCAGUCAGUGCGGGAGGUGUUCGCCCGGCAGCUGAUGCAGGUGCGCGGAGUGAGUGGGGAGAAGGCAGCAGCCCUGGUGGAUCGGUACAGCACCCCCGCCAGCCUACUGGCCGCCUAUGACGCCUGUGCCACCCCCAAGGAACAGGAGAUGCUGCUGAGCACCAUCAAGUGUGGCCGUCUGCAGAGGAAUCUGGGGCCUGCUCUGAGCAGGACCUUGUCCCAGCUCUACUGCACCCACGGCCCCCUGACCUGAGCUAUGCCACGAGACAGACCCCAGCUCUCAUCUUCCCAGGCUAGCCAGCCUUUUAACCAGAAUCUUUGAGGCUACAAUAAAAAUCUAAGUGUCUGCA